AGUGUUCAACGUCGUUUCUACUAUAUUGUCUGUGAGUCUGUUGUAGGGUGGACGUUUUGUAUUGAGUUUAGGUUAAGCUUUUUAAUCGUUCGCUGGCUUUAUGUGGUAAAGGUAUCGUUAUACGUUUUAUCGACUACCGUUAGGGUAUUGUUUUAUAAUCCUGCUGACUGGCCUGUUGGAUCACUGACUGAUAAACGUUAUUUCUGUAAACAUGAGUGGUUUUGGGCUUAGUUCAGCCCGUGAGAACGGCGGCAGGAGAACUUCUGAUAACGUUGUGGACAAGCUUAACAUGUCUUUAGAUGAGAUUAUUAAGCUAAACAGAAGGGAGAGGCUGAAAAACAGGGCAGUAUUUAAGAGAGGAAGGUCAAGGAUGAACCAGGGGCGUCAGCAGAAGAGAUUUCUGUCAUUUGGGAGGAGAGGAGCUUUGCGUCGGAUCCAGCAGCAAAGAGGUGGAGUUAAAAGAAGGCUGGGCCUCAUGGGGAUAAAGACCACAGUGAGGCGACGUGUUCGUGGAGUCAUUACAGGCUUGGCUGCCAAGCGAUCAGGAGUUGCAAGGAACCUAAACAGGUCAUCGUUAAAUCAGAAGAAUCUGCAGAGGUUUCGCCCAGUGUUCCAGAGGCAGUUACAGAAUCAGGGGCCAGCAGAGGGUGCAAGAUGGCAAACUGUGACAUUGACAAGAUCCCUGGAUUCAAAAAGGAGCAUUACGAUAAUUAGAACACCUAGAAAAGCAGUAGUUACCAGAACAGCAGCAUCUCAGCAGAAAGCAGCUCGGCAAGCAGUAUUUCUGUUCAGGAGAGGCCUAAAGGUACACUGGCGAACAUCCAUCACAAAUGGAGGAAUUUUAACUGUAUCCAUAAAUAAUCCUGAAGCUCGAAUGUUGCCAGUGACACAGAUUCAAAGGCCAAGGCUGACACGACCUUUGUUUGCACCCUUACUUAUUAAGAAAGAUGGUGAGCCAGAAGAGAAGAAGAUUCCCAAAGGUGUUCCUUUGCAGUUUGAUAUAAACAGCUUGUGGAAGCAGACAGGAAUGACACUAAAUGAGCGUUUUAAGAUUCUUAAAGAGCAGAGAACAGCAACUACCCAGAGCAGGGGAAUACGUCUUGUAACAGUUGGGCAAAAUUUCUAGAAGCAACUUUAAUUUCUCUUCCAUUCUGCACUGAAGGUGUUUUACAGGAUAUGGUAGAAGUUCACUGCUCGUUUAUUUUGAACUUUGGGACACAGAACUGAAAUGAAUUAUUUUUCACUUUUUACAAGGUUUUUGUGCUGCUAACAGCAAGUUAAAUUCUUCUUUUAAGUAAAUGUCCUGGAUUUUAGGCUUGUAUGCCUUUUCUUGUCUGAGCAGGUAACUUUCAUAUUAUACACAUUUCUGUAUGCAGCUGACAAGAAGUGGAAAUGUGUUGCUUGUACAGAUCCAUUUUCUAUAAGAAAAGUUGUUAAAGAACGUAAAGAUGGCUCCACAGUUUGAGGAGGACAUUUUCAAGCCAUGAAACAAAAUAGAUGACUUUUCUGGUAGAAUCUUCAUUGCAUAGUAGUUUGGUCCAGAUGUAACCAGUGAAAAUGCAAUGAAUUUUUAUAGCAGCGCGUGGAAAAAGGCAAGUUGUGAUAGCCCCAAAUUUUAGCAUAAUGUUAUGCUGUUUGAAUGGGACACUGCUUUCAGUAUUAUUGUAAAGAAAGAUUAACUCAAGCACAUCUGCCAGCCAUUUAAAAAUGCCACCAUUCUGAUGGAAGUAUUGUUUUGUCUGGAAAGAACAUUUCAUGAAUGUGAAAAUAAGGUUUCAUGCAUAUGCAAGCUCAUUUUUGCAGAGGUCAGUGCCCACAAACACUGGGUUCAUUAUGCACAAGUCAGGUACAUUAUUGUAUCAGAUGUUUAUAGACAUGUGUACAUUACAGUUUUUAAACAUUGUUUUUGAAAAAUAUUGAAUGGAAAAUUUA